CUGAUUUGUCGCCUAAUGAGUGAGUACUACAGAAGUGACGCAUGACAGCGAAUCUUUGGACUAUAAAAUCCAUUUUGAAAGUUUCUCUUGGGCACGAAUGCAGCGGCGGAAGGAGAGUUAGUGUUGCGGCCGCAGCGCUUUAUUUGCGUGUUGUCUCUCUUGAGCAUCAGUGGGAUCCAGUUCAUCAGAAUGGUUGUGCUGAAGAGUUUGCAUGCACCCAGCGAGGGCGUGAGGCUCCAGCAGGCCGACACCACUGCAGUCCUGGACGGGAAGAGACUGGGGUCAGGAUCAGGAACGCUGUUUGUGGCUGAGGCGCAUCUGUCCUGGUUUGAUGGUUCAGGGAUGGGUUUCUGUCUUGAAUACCCCUCCAUCAGUCUGCACGCGAUCUCACGAGAUCUCAGCACCUUUCCAGAAGAGCACCUGUAUGUGAUGGUCAAUGCAAAACUGGACGAGGAAGCUGAAGCAGAGCAGCAGGAUAUAGCUUCAGAUGAUGAGGAGAGCGAUGAUGAAGACUCAGGAACUAUCACAGAGAUCCGCUUCGUGCCCAGUGAUAAAGCUGCAUUGCAGUGGGAGCCCAUGUUCUCCGCCAUGUGUGACUGUCAGGCCCUGCACCCCGACCCCGAUGACGCCAACACAGAUGAUGACGAUUAUGAGGGAGAGGAGUACGACGUCGAGGAGGCAGAGCAGGGUCAGGGUCAGGGUCAGGGUCAGGGCGACGUCCCCACGUUUCACACCUAUGAGGAGGGUUUGUCUCACCUGACGGCCGAGGGUCAGGCCACACUGGACCGGCUGGAGGGGAUGCUGGCUCAGUCUGUCACACAGCAGUAUCACAUGGCUGGAGUCAGAAGUGACGAGCCAUCGGCUCAAUUUGAAGAUGGAAUGGAAGUCGACUCAAACGCAGUCGCUGGACAGUUUGAUGACGCUGAUGUGGAUCACUGGUAA